UCCAAUUAGAGAAUGCAACUUUACCAGCGCUCUCGUUCCCUCUCUCCCCUGCGGCUGCGGUGUGAUCCAAUCCGCAUCAACCUUUCCCACUCUUCUCCAGUUGUCGAGUGAAGCGAGAAGAGAACAAACCAUAACACACUAGGGAUGUCCACCCGACCCCAAUUAUAUUUUUGGCCUUGUGCGACUCCGCCUCCCCACACUUCUUUGUGGUUCGCGCUAGCCGAGGCUUCGGAGCAGUAUUUCCACUCCCUAACAAAUGCCUGCGUGUUUUCACGACUCCUUGUGAAACCUCCCCCCUCCAGAAAAAAGUGGUCUGGUCCUGAGGAAGUAGCAACCAACAUAGGCUCUUCGCCAUGUACCUCAAGGGCAGGGGGAGAAUUCUAACUACUGUAUCAGGGUUUACCACAGAGACUAUCAGUUGAUGUGGCACAGCGGCAGCGAAGACCGAGUGCACUGGCCCAGCCUAUCCCACAAGCGUAAAACAGCCACUCAGUUUAGAGACAAAUCAAAACUUAGGGCCGCUGUAAAGGAGGGGGGUGGGGUGGAGGGUAAAACGGAACACUUUCCAGACGUUUGCAAGAUUGAUCCAGAUCUGCCAACAUUAUCUCUCUGACCACUUACAGCCUUUUAGUGCCGACCCCAAACACAAAUGCCUGGCAAGUAUACCGAGGCAAUGUUUUGCAAUGACUUGAAAGAAAAAUAUGAAGAAAAAAUAGUAAUUAAGGGAGUUGAUGCUGAAACAAUGCAGAUUCUUUUGGAUUACACGUACACAAGCAAAGUGCUGAUCACUAAGGAAAAUGUGCAGAAAGUCCUGGAAGCUGCUAGUCUUUUUCAGUUUUUGCGAAUGGUAGAAGCAUGCUCCAAUUUCCUCAACGAAGCUCUUCAUCCAGAAAACUGUGUUGGGAUUUUGAGACUGGCCGAUGCUCAUUCACUUGAUAAACUGAAGCAGCAAGCCAAGAGCUAUAUUAUUCAGAAUUUUUCCCAAGUACUGAAUUAUGAUGAGUUCUUAGAAUUGCCUGUGGAUGUCCUAUAUAGCAUGCUAAAGAGUGAUGACCUCUGGGUCACAGAAGAAGCGCAAGUGUUUGAGGCGGUUAUAAACUGGGUGCACUACAAAAUAGCGGAAAGGCUUCCUCUCCUGCCUUACAUCCUUGAGGGUGUCCGGCUGCCCCUUCUGGACCCUUGGUAUUUUGUAGAGACUGUAGAAGCUGAUCCACUCAUCAGACAGUGCCCUGAUGUCUUUCCUCUGCUUCAAGAAGCCAGAAUGUACCAUCUAUCAGGGAAUGAGAUCAUUUCAGAAAGAACAAAGCCCAGAAUGCAUGAAUUUCAGUCAGAGGUCUUUAUGAUCAUAGGCGGUUGCACAAAGGAUGAAAAAUUUGUAGCUGAAGUCACCUGCCUUGAUCCUUUGAGGCGCAGUCGUUUGGAAGUGGCAAAAUUGCCAAACACAGAACAAGAAACAGAGUGUGAGAAUAAAAAAUGGGUGGAGUUUGCUUGUGUGACGUUAAAAAAUGAAGUCUACAUAUCAGGAGGGAAAGAAACACAACACGAAGUCUGGAAAUAUAAUUCUUCCAUCAACAAAUGGAUCCAAAUUGAAUAUUUGAACGUUGGAAGAUGGAGACACAAAAUGGCCGUGUUGGGUGGCAAAGUGUAUGUGAUUGGCGGUUACGAUGGUAUACAAAGAAUCAACAGUGUGGAGACAUAUGAUUCUUUUCACAACUGUUGGUCAGAGGCAGCUCCUCUCAUGAUCAACGUCAGUUCAUUUGGGGCAGCCAGUUACAAGAAGAAGCUCUAUGUGAUUGGAGGAGGACCCAAUGGGAAGCUGGCUACUGACAAAACACAGUGUUAUGAUCCAGCAACAAACAACUGGAGCUUAAAAUCACCCAUGCCUGUUGAGGCAAAAUGUGUCAAUGCCACAAGUUUCCAUGACCACAUCUAUGUUGUGGGUGGGGCAAUGAGGGCAGUCUACUCUUACAGCCCUCUCACAGACACGUGGUGCUUGGUGACUCAGUUAAAUCACGAACGAGCAAGUUGUGGGAUUGCUCCUUGCAACAACAAACUGUUCAUCACUGGAGGCCGGGACGAGAAGAAUGAAGUCAUUGCCACGGUGCUAUGUUGGGAUGCAGAGAUCCAGAAACUGACGGAGGAAUGUGUUCUCCCUCGUGGCGUCUCCCAUCAUGGGAGUGUCACCCUCCGGAAAUCCUACACGUAUAUCCGCAAGGUAGUGCCUGGAGCAGUCUCAGUCUGACUUUGUAGGAAUACUCAGGAGAAGGAAAGAUGGAGGAGAAGUUAUCACGAAAUACCUCAUUUCCCCCAAAGAGGCUGAAUGGGAUGAAACCCCUAAGCUGUCACUGUCUUUGCGAGAAACAGUUGUAUAUUUGCUCCAUUUCCUGCUGUAUAGCAUAUGCCUUAAAUUAUCUUCAUAUCCGGAGGUUCUGGGCUAUUUUUGGACUUGUAAUGUCAGCCAGUGAGAAGUUCAAGGAUAUGAGUUGCCCCUGGAAUCACCAAAGCUGAGCUCUAUGAGUUGCAGAUAUUAUCAUUGUUUUAUUUUCUUGUAGAUGCAAUUUUGGAUUUUUUUUUUUUAAAACCUAUUGUUACUUGCCUUGAAGGUUGUUUGAAUGAAAAAAGGGAUAGAAAUGUUUCAAAUAAAUAAAUGUUUUCAUUUUGCAUCAGUCUAAAGAGAGACCCUGCCAGUUAGUGUACUGUAGACAAUACUGAGCUGGACAGAAGAAUGUUCUGACUAGCCUAAGUCAGCUUCCUAGCAAGAAUGGAGCCCAGGGGCCAAGAGAUGGAUAGGUGAAAUGAGGCAGGAUGAUGAAAGAAAAGGGAUCGGGGGAAAGAGGACAAAGACUUAGGGAGGAGGCUGAAAAUGUGUCCAACUGCAAGCCCUCCCAGCCCCUCAUCCUCUCAGCAAGGGAUAUUGGCUGAGUUGUUACAAUCUCACAAAGGGCUCUGGAGAAAAACCUCACAGAGCUUAGGUACCUCCACUUGCCCUUGCCUUUAAGGCUUCAGAGUGGUCUGCAUUGAAAAAGAUUUUUAAAAAGUACUUCCAAUCUACUCAGUAUUGUUCCCAUGGGCACUCCAAAGCUCCAUUGACCAAGAGUGGGGUACCUCAGGCCUGGGGGCUGAAUAUGGCCCUCCAGGCCUUCCCAUCUGGCCCCUGGGACUCUCACCAAGCCACACCUCCUCUGUGGGCCACACCCCUCCCUGGUCUUGCUCCUUGAGUUCUUUUGCGUGGUUGGAAUGUCUCCUUGAAUGGUAAUCAUGCCUUUUGCUUGCAUAGAUGAUGGAUGGAGAGGGAUGUGGUGUAGAAACCGCUGACUUGUGCAUGAGUUAGAAUGUGGCCUACUAUCCAAAAGCAAAGUCGCAUCUGUUUCUAUCCGUGUUUGCCUCUCUGGCCACACCCACCAUUGGUAUGCAUUCCCCCGAAAGUCACCUACAAGGGAGUGCCAACCUUGGGUUGAAAAAGUUUCCCCUCCCCUGCCGCAGACAACUGUCUGAUAGAGUGUCCUCUUGAUGCUAACAAUGUUGGGGGAAAGAGGUUGGCUCCUUCAUCCACCAAGUUGUUGCUGCUUUCCAGGAGGUGCUGUAUGCAGUUAAUCUCCAAUAUCUUUUUCCUGCCAAUGUUUUGCUUGUGAAGAAGAUUGGAUUUGCAGACUUAUAUGGUAGUAUGAUGCCUGUCAUUUCCUGUUGUGAGAGUUCAUUGCUAGUUACAUAAGCCAUCUGCUGCAUACAAAACAGAGAAAGGCGCCACAUGCUGUGAAGAAAA